GAUUAUGGCAACAAAAAAUCUCUCCGUUACCGCACUCCUACUCUUUCUUACAGCUAUCUUUUCUGCUGUGAGUGCGCAGCAAUGUGGGAGUCAAGCUGGUGGUCGGACUUGUCAAGGCAACUUAUGCUGUAGUCAGUACGGUUACUGUGGUGAUACUAAUGAGUACUGUUUACCAUCCAAUAACUGCCAGAGUAAUUGCAAAGGUCCCAGUGUCCCCGGCACCGGUGAGAGUGCAAGUAAUGUUCGUGCAACAUACCAUAUCUAUAGUCCUGCCCAAAACGGAUGGGAUUUGUAUAGAGUUAGCGCGUAUUGUUCCACUUGGGAUGGCAACAAGCCACUUGCUUGGAGACAAAAGUACGGCUGGACGGCCUUCUGUGGCCCUGUCGGACCUCGUGGUCAAGCCUCAUGUGGCAGGUGUUUGAGGGUAACAAACAGGGGUACAGGUGCUCAAACAACUGUGAGGAUCGUCGAUCAGUGCAGCAAUGGAGGUUUGGAUUUGGAAGAGGGUGUUUUCAGGCAAAUUGAUACCAAUGGAAUAGGUAUCAAUGAUGGCCACAUGUUUGUAGACUAUCAAUUUGUCAACUGCGGUGACUGAUUUCACUAAAGAUUUCUGUACCUUGUUAGAAUUAUGAAGUUGAAUAAAUUUGCAACGAUAUUGCAGAUAAGAAGUUGUAAACAGUGAACACCAAAACAAAAACUAAAUAAAUUGAAGGAUUUUUUAUCAUAUAAU